AUGAAGUUGAAUGAGAAGGUCUUGGCAGCAGAAAAGGCUACCUACCAGCCACCACCAAAGGAGGGAGUGAUGGCAAGGGAGGAGCUGAAGGCGAAGCUGAAAGGAGUGCCGGUAGAGGAGCUGCAAGUGGAAGCUGUUGCAAUGGUGGCAGCAGCUACAAAAGUGGAUCUAGACACCCUCCAUAGGCGUCUAGGGCAUGCAGGGAUGGAGAGGAUUAAGGAGCUCGUGAAGAAGGGCAUGUCAGCCGGUGUGGAGCUGAAUGAAGGAGAUGGGAGUAAGGGGAGGCUGUCCACCAAAGGCCUUGCAGCCGAUAUGACCCCGCAUGAGGCUUUUUAUGGGAGGAAGCCGAACAUGGGGUUUGCAAGGGUGUGGGGCUGCAUGGCUCAGUAUAGGGAGCCGGUUGGACCGGACCACAAGCUCCUACCAAGGAGAAAAUGGGGGAUUAACCUUGGGAUGUGCAAGGUGAGCAAGGGCUGGGUGCUUAAGGACGUGGAGACGGGGAAGAUAGUGGUGACCAGGGACGUCAUCUUCUAUGAGGAUAUCAAUUACCUGCAGUGGAAGGGAGUGAACAAGGAGAUCGCAACGGGAGAAGCAGCUGCGCUUGAUAAGGUGGAGAAGCUGCUAGUGGAGAAGGAGAACGAGGGGAUAGGGUGUGAUGAGGAGGAGAUACAAGGUAGUGCGGACAAGCCUACCAAGGAACCUAUUUGGUCGGAGCCACAGAAGAAAAAGGUAGUAGAGGCGGCAGCAGAUGUGGAGGAAGAAGGGCGCCACGAAGGAGAGCAUGGAGAGAAGGGUGCUGAGGAGGAAACUCAGAGUGUGGAGGUUGUGGAAAGCAGUGAUGGGUCAGCAAAGGGGGAUGGCCCAUGGAGAUUGAUCGGUAGUGACGCUACUAGUGAAGCUGCUAAGGUGAUAAAUGAGCUGCAGAGGAUGGAGCCAUGGUGA